GAAGAGUGGCGCAGCAUACCAUAGCCUACUGUGGCUGAUGCCCACAUGCGCACAAGUUGCCUGCACCUGCCGCCAGUUCAAAACAACUAUUACCUGUUCGCUCUAGCAAGGCGAAGCAUCUCAACAUGACCGAGCCGGGAGAGGUAGAGGAUGAAAUUCAGUUUCUACGAACGAAUGAUGAGCUUGUGUUGCGGUGCUCCCUGGCCGCUCAGCAGAGGCAGCAGAAGUUCUGUCUGGCUGCUGAGGGCUUUGGCUGCAGGCUCUGCUUUCUGGAGACCACAUCCAACUCGAAAAAUGUUCCAGUGGACCUGUCCAUCUGUGUGUUUGUACUGGCCCAGUGUCUGUCAGUUCGUGCCCUGCAGGAAAUGCUCGCCAAACAGUGCGACCAGCAAACAGGGGCGGUUGAGAUGGGAAGUCACCGCACUCUCCUCUACGGCCAAGCGGUGCUGCUGCGUCAUGCCUACAGUGGAAUGUACCUAUGCUGUUUGUCCACAACUUGCUCCUCCACUGAUAAGCUGGCAUUUGACGUAGGGUUGCAAGAGGAAAUAAUAGGCGAGGCGUGUUGGUGGACUGUUGAACCGGCCUCCAAGCAGAGAUCCGAGGGAGAGAAAGUUCGAGUUGGGGAUGACUUAAUACUUGUCAGUGUGUCCUCAGAGCGAUACCUGCAUUUGUCCCUGAGUAACUGUAAUAGUUCAGGGGACGAGGGCGGGGGUCUGAGGGUGGAUGCUGCCUUCCAGCAGACUCUGUGGAGUGUUGCCUCCGUCUCCUCCGGGAGCGGAGUGGCUCAAGGGUUCCUGAAGGGAGGGGACACGUUUCGCCUGUUGCACGGACACACUGAUGAAUGUCUGACCGUUCCACCUGUGGACCACGGAGAAGAAGAGCGGAGGUCGGUGUACUUUGAAGGAGGUUCUGUUUCAUCGCAGGCCGGUUCUCUCUGGAGGCUGGAGACCAUGCGUGUGGCAUGGAGUGGGAGUCACACCCAGUGGGGUCAGCUGUUCCGUCUGCGGCAUGUCACCACGGGGAUGUACCUCAGCCUCAUGCAGGAGAAGGGACUGAGACUGAUAGAGAGGGAGAAAGCUGAUGCCAAAGCCACUGCUUUCUGCUUCCGCUCCUCAAAGGAGAAGCUUGACAUUGUCCAGAAGAAGGAUGUAGAUGGCAUGGGCACCCCAGAGAUAAAGUAUGGAGACUCCGUCUGCUUCAUUCAGCACUUGGGCAGUGGUCUUUGGCUGACUUACCAGACUGGUCAUGGGAAGAGUGGGAGAAUGGCCGGGGCACCACGGCAGGCCAUUUUGCACCUGGAGGGCCACAUGGAUGACGGUCUGACUCUGUCCCGCUCCCAGACGGAGGAGUCCAGAGCUGCUCAGAUCAUAAGAAGCUCUGUCCUCCUAUUCUCACACUUCAUCAGAGGACUGGAUGACCUUGGUCAGAGGGCUAAUCUACCGAUGACUCCAGCUCUGCCAAUCGCCAGAGUCCGCUUGAGUCUGCAGGAUCUCAUUAGCUACCUGCGGCCUCCUGAUGAAGACCAGGGUCAAGAAGAAAGGCAGAACAACAUGAGGGCCCUGAAGAACAGACAGAACCUCUUCCAAGAGGAGGGGAUAAUUGGCUAUGCAUUAGACUGCAUUGACCGCCUUCAUGCCUACGGCAGCGCUGCCCAUUUUGCUGAGGUCGCAGGAAAAGAGGCAGGAGAGGAAUGUGAGGCUCUCCUGAACUCACUGUAUGAACUCCUUGCGUCUUUGAUCAGGGGCAACAGGAAUAAUUGUGCCCAGUUUUCUGGAUCGCUGGAGUGGUUGAUUGGAAGGCUGGAGAAACUGGAUGCAUCCUCUGGAAUCCUUGAGGUGUUACAUUGUGUCCUGGAGGAGAGCCCAGAGGCUCUGAACUUUAUCAAAGAGGGACACAUCAAAUCCAUCAUAUCUCUUUUGGACAAGCAUGGUCGCAAUCACAAGAUCCUAGAUGUGUUGUGUUCACUCUGUGUGUGCCAUGGGAUGGCCGUGCGCUCUAACCAACACUAUAUCUGUGUGAACCUGCUGCCAGAGCGAGACCUGCUUCUGCAGACACGCCUCUGCAAUCAAGUCACCAGUGUGAGGCCCAGUGUGUUCCUGUGUAUGAGUGAAGACUCUGCCCAGUGCAGGAAGUGGUACUUUGAGCUGGUGGUGGAGAAGGCAGAGCCAUUCGUCACGGCUGAGCCCACUCACCUGCGUGUGGGCUGGGCCUGUGCGGAGGGCUACUGCCCCUCCCCAACCGGUGGAGAUGGCUGGGGUCCAAAUGGAGCCGGGGAUGACCUCUACUCUUAUGGCUUUGAUGGGCUUCACUUGUGGGCAGGUGGUAUUGGCCGGAGAGUGAACUCACCCAAUCAGCACCUUCUGAAGGAGGAUGAUGUGGUCAGCUGUUGCCUGGACCUGGGGGCUCUCUGCAUGUCAUUCAGGGUCAAUGGUCUGCCUGUCCAGGGCAUGUUUGAAAACUUCAGCACAGAGGGCCUGCUCUUUCCUGUGGCCAGUUUCUCUGCUGGAGUGAGGGUGUGUUUCCUGUUGGGGGGUCGUUUAGGGGAGUUUAAAUUCCUGCCCCCACCUGGUUUCUCGCCCGUGUCCGAGGCUCUACUGCCCCGGGUCAGGUGCCGGGUGGAGCCGUGUCUGGACUUCAUGAGGCACCGGAACAGUAGCCAGCAGGACCUCCUGGGGCCAUGGGUGGCACCGAACCCUCCUACCUUCACCCCUGUUCCUGUAGACACUAGUCAGGUGGCCUUCCCCCCUCAGCUAGAGCAGAUUCGAGACGAGCUCGCUGAGAACCUGCAUGAACUCUGGCUCAUCAGUAUGGUGGAUCAGGGCUGGAUCUACGGGCCUGUUAAGGAAGAAAAUAAGAAGCAUCAUCCUGAUCUGGUUGAGUUUUCCAAACUGCCAGACCCAGAGAAGAAUCUGAACCUCCAGGCUGCACAGGAUACCCUCAGGACACUCCUGGCUCUCGGUGUCCACAUUGGGCUGUUAGACGACCAUGCUGAUGAGAAAGUCAAAUAUAUCCGACUCUCUAACAAGUAUGAGCUGUGGAAUGGAUACCGACCCGCUCCUGUGGAUCUGUCUCAUCUCACCCUGACCGCUGCCCAGGAGGCCAUAGUGGACUGUCUGGCCGAGAAUGAGCACAAUGUGUGGGCCAAAGAGAGGAUCAGACAGGGAUGGAGCUAUGGGCCUCAGCAGGAUGUGAAGAGUAAGAGGAGUCCUCACUUGGUGCCCUUCUCUCUGCUGGACGAGCGGACCCAGAGGUCUGGCAGUGAGACCGUGAGGGAUGCUCUGUGCACCAUACUAGCGUACGGGUACACAGUGGAGCCGCUGGACCAGGAGCAGAUGGUACUGCCAGAUGCAGGCGUUGCCCUGGUCGAAAACUUCCGGAUAUUCCGUGUUGAGCGUGCCUAUGCUGUGCUGAAAGGAAAGUGGUACUUUGAAUUUGAAGCUGUGACCUCCGGGGAGAUGAAGGUGGGCUGGGCUCGACCCGGAAGUAAACCAGACCUGGAGCUGGGGUCAGAUGACCAGGCCUUUGUCUUUGAUGGCUGCAAGGGGCGUAUUUGGCAUCAGGGCAGUGAGCAGCUGGGCCUAAGCUGGCAGAUGGGAGAUGUUGUAGGCUGCAUGCUGGAUCUUGAACAGUGUACUAUGAUGUUCACACUAAACGGGGAGCUUUUGCUGAACAACCAUGGCUCUGAGCUUGCUGCCAAACAGUUUGCAGUCCAAGAUGGCUUCGUGCCUGUAUGCAGUGUAGGGGUGAACCAGGUGGGUCGUCUAAAGUUGGGCCACCCUGGCUCCCUGCGUUACCUCAGCGUGUGUGGGCACCAGGAAGGCUACCAGCCAUUCGCUCACAACAUGAGCCGAGACGUUCCCCUGUGGAUGAGCUGGAAACAGCCCCAUUUCACCCCUGUGCCCCCAGACCACGGCCAUAUUCAGGUAACUCGUCUCGAUGGGACAGUGGACCGAUCACCCUGUUUGAAGGUGACGCAGAAAUCCUCAGGGUCACAGGUCACCAGUGGCUCAGUCAGUUCUGACAUUGGCUAUUACCGGCUCAGCAUGCCUAUAGAGUGUGCCGAGGUUUUCUCCCGACCAGCAGAGGGUGCUGUCCCCUGCAGCAGCACUGCUUACUACCCCAAGAGAGAUUCAGAGGAGGGGGACAUUGACUCUGAUUUUGAGGUCCUUAUGAAGUCAGCUCGCCGACACGCAGGGUCCAGAGACGAACUGAACAACCAUAAAGACCACGGUCAAGAGAAGCCUUCCAGGCUCAAGCAGCGUUUCAUGCUGAAGCGACCCAAACCAGAGCUGCACCCAAGCCACUCUUCUGCACGCCUGUUAGAGGAAGUGGUGGCUAUAGAGAAGGACGAGGACAAGCUCCUUUCACAUUGCUCUGCGUAUUACUACUCCGUGAGGGUGCUCCCUGGCCAGGACCCCUCCUGUGUCUGGGUGGGCUGGGUCACCUCGAGCUUCCACCGGCAGCAGCAGGGCUUCGACCUGGAGAGAGUUCGCAGAGUGACUGUGACGCUUGGGGAUGAGCAGGGCAAAGUUCACGAGAGUGUAAAGCGUUGUAGCUGCUUUAUGGUUUGUGCAACAGAGGCUGUGGGCCAGACUCACAGUCGUAGCAGCACCCAACUAGAGAUCGGUUGUCUUGUUGACACGGCAACAGGACUUCUAACCUUCACUGCUAAUGGAAAAGAGCUGGACACCUAUUAUCAGGUGGAGCCAUGUACAAAGCUGUACCCUGCAGUGUUUGCCAAAGCCACAAGCUCUGACAUGUUUCAGUUUGAGCUUGGCAGAAUUAAGAAUGUGAUGCCCGUGUCUGCGGGUAUGUUUCGGGAUGAGAGGGGCAACCCCGUGGCCCAGUGCCCUCCCAGGUUACAGGUGCAGCACGUUGUGCCCUUCCGUUGGCUGCGUGUGCCUGACAACUUACCCAGGGUGGAGGUGACACGCAUGGACGAGAGGCAUGGAUGGAGAGUGCAGUGCCCCAGCUCGCUGCAGGUCAUGACCCUCCACGUCCCUGAGGAGAACAGGUGUGUGGAUAUUCUCGAGCUGUCAGAGCUGGACGACCUUCUGACCUUUCACCAGCACACCCUCCGUCUCUACUCUGCCCUGUGCAGCCAUGGCAACACUCAUGUGGCUCAUGCCCUGUGCAGCCACGUGGACCAGUCCCAGUUCCUGUACGCCCUCCAGUGCCGCCACAUGCCCGGCCCGUUACGGGAGGCCUACUACGCCCUCCUAAGCGAGGUUCACCUCAACGGCUACGCCGGUGCCAGACGGGCCAUGACUCACGAGUACAUAGUGCCCAUGACACGCGACAGCAGAUCCAUCACGCUCUAUAACAGCCACAGGAGGCGCCACUCGCUGCCAGGCAGCGUCCGCAGUGCCUCCCUCUGGCCCAGGCUGCGCUUCAGCGCGCCCUGCUUCAUCAGGCCUGAUGAGGGGGCUAACAGACAGCCUCUGGAUGGCAGAGGGGGGGACGUGCAGCAGGACAGCCCAGCAUUCCCAGUGGAGCUGCUGAAGACUCUGCUGGUGGAGAUGCUAGAGGAGGCUGUGUGUGCAGCGGGUCAAUGUGUGAGGGAUCCUGUAGGGGGCAGUGUGGAGCUGCUGCUGGUGCCUCUCCUGCGGCUGCUGCACACCCUCCUGCUCAUGGGAGUGUAUCGAGGCCCAGGCUUGAGGGCAGCUCUCAAACUAAUUUUGCCAGGUGUGUACAUACAGAACUGGGCCAUCACUGAGGAUGAGGAUGGGGAAGAGUUUGAGAUGGAUGUUGAUCGAGAGCGAGAUGAAUUUCUGGGAGGCUUCCCGACACAUGGACUACUGCGGAUGAAACUGCCUGAGGCUGUCAAACUGCAAGUGUGUAACUUGCUGGAGUACCUGUGUGACUGUCAGGUGCGUCACAGAGUGGAGGCAGUGGUGGCGUUCGCGGAUGGCUUUGUGGCGCGGCUCCAGGACAACCAGCGCUUCCGCUACAAUGAGGUCAUGCAGGCCCUCAACAUGUCUGCUGCCCUUACGGCCCGCAAGACUAAAGAGUUCCGCUCUCCUCCACAGGAGCAGAUUAACCUGCUGCUGAACUUCCGUGAGGAGCAGCUGGAGUGCCCAUGCCCACUAGAGAUCCAGGACCUCCUCCAGGAGUUCCACAGUGAUCUCAUGAGUCACUGCGGCAUUGAGAUUGAUGAGGACUCAGAGGCUGGAGAUGAUGGAGAUCUGUCCGUCAGGGGUCGGCUCUCCGGCCUGGUGGAAAAGGUGAACAGCCUGAAGCGAAGGCUCUCCCUGUGUCCCGUGGAAUCUGUAGCCGUGAAGCCUGUGUCCCUGCGGCAGAUGAUCUCGGACGCCAUGCUGCGCUGGGCUCAGGAGGCGCCCAUGGGGGACCCUGUGCUGGUGCGCGCCGUGUUCGAGCUGCUGCGCCGGCAGUACGAGGGGCUGAGCGCCCAGAUGGCCGCGCCGCUGCUGAAGGCGUACUGCAUCACCCCGGGCUCCGUGGAGGACACCUUAUCGCUUCAGAGCGCCCUGGGGCGCAUCAGGUCCCUCCUCCGCAUCCGCAUGGGCCGCCAGGAGGAGGCGCUCAUGAUCCAAGGACUCGGAGACAUCAUGAAUAAUAAAGUGUUUUAUCAGCACCCAAACCUGAUGAGAGCUUUGGGGAUGCACGAGACAGUGAUGGAGGUGAUGGUCAACGUCUUAGGAGAGGGAGAAUCGAAGGAAAUCAUGUUUCCUAAGAUGGUCGCCCACUGCUGCAGAUUCCUCUGUUAUUUCUGCCGGAUUAGCCGACACAACCAGAAGGCCAUGUUUGACCAUCUCAGCUAUCUGUUGGAUAACAGCAAUGUCGGACUAGCGUCCCCUUCUAUGCGGGGGUCCACUCCUCUGGAUGUGGCCGCUGCCUCAGUGAUGGAUAACAAUGAGCUGGCCCUGGCCCUGACAGAGGCCGCCCUGGAGAAGGUGGUCCAUUACCUGGCAGGCUGUGGUUUACGGAGCUGUCCCUCGCUGCUGGCCAGGGGCUAUCCUGAUAUUGGCUGGAAUCCAGUGGAGGGGGAGCGCUAUUUGGACUUCCUCCGGUUUGCUGUAUUUUGUAAUGGUGAGAGUGUUGAGGAGAACGCUUACGUAGUGCUGAGGUUACUGAUUCGUCGACCAGAGUGCUUUGGCCCCGCCUUGCAAGGUGAUGGAGGAGACGGUCUCCUAGCAACCAUGGAGGAAGCCAUCAGGAUCGCAGCCGAUCCAAAGAGAGAUGGACGAAGAGCAGCCUACGAGUCCAACAGAACUCUUGACACACUCAAUGAAGAAGAAGAUGACCUCAUCCACUUGGGGCAUGCAAUCAUGACGUUCUAUUCUGCCUUUAUCGACCUGCUUGGGCGCUGUGGCCCUGAGAUGCAUCUGAUUGAAGCUGGGAAAGGUGAGGCCAUCCGUAUCAGGGCCAUCCUGAGGUCACUCAUCCCACUAGAGGAUCUGGUGGGGGUCAUCAGCAUCCCCCUUCACCUACCCUCACUGGACACAGGUGGCACAGUGAUAGAGCCAGACAUGUCGACAGUGUUCUGUCCUGACCACAAGGCUGCUAUGGUCCUGUUUCUGGACCGGGUCUAUGGGAUCCAGGACCAGAAGUUCCUGAUGCGACUCCUGGAAGUAGGCUUCUUGCCAGACCUCCAAGCUGCUGUCACCAUGGAUUCAUCUGAUCUGGCAGGCACUGACAUGUCUCUGGCUCUCAACCGCUAUCUGUGCACAGCAGUGCUGCCCCUCCUCACCAAGUGUGCGUCUCUGUUCGGAGGCUCCGAGGCCCACAGCCAGCUGGUGGACUCCCUGCUCCAGGCGGUCUACGGGAUCUCCAAGGGCAGCGUGCUCACCAAGGCCCAGAGAGAUGCCAUCGAGGAGUGCCUGCUGUCUGUCUGUGGCAAUCUCAGGCCCUCCGUGGUGCAGCCCCUGUUACACUGCCUAGUGUUUGACGUUCCUCUCCUGACAGCGAACACAAAGAUGCCCCUCAAGCUGCUGGCCAAUCACUAUGAGCACAGCUGGAGGUACUACUGUUUGACCGGAGGCUGUGGAGGCAGGGGCUGUGCCUCAGCUGAGGAGCUUCACCUGUCCAGACAGCUGUUCUGGAGCACGCUCAGGGCCCUGGCCAGGAAGCCUUAUGAGGCUGAUCUGUUCUGGCUGAGUCUGGCCUGCCUCAGUGCCGUUGCCCGGGCGAUCCCACCUGACCACCUGGACCCCAGCUGCAGGGGUGGCCUGGAGUCCCACCAGCCUCUGGACACGAAGGGACGCUUCUGCCCUCAGCCUGUGGACACCUCAAAUGUUUCCAUCCCUGAGGGACUGGAGUACGUGGUGAAUAGAUAUGCUGAGCACAUACAUGAGAAAUGGUCUCUUGACAAGUUUGCCAGUGGUUGGGUCCAUGGAGACCAGCCGUGUGAGAGUUCCAAAGUUCAUCCCCUUCUGAAGCCGUAUCGAGCCUUCUCAGAGAAGGACAAAGAGAGCUAUCGCUGGGCUAUCAAGGAGAAGGUGAAGAACAUGCUGGUGUUUGGCUGGACCAUCGAAAGAACCAAGGAUGGAGAGGCACAGGAAGUGCAUAACCCAGCACGAAGAGUAUCACAGGCUGGGCAGCUAUCUUUCGAAGGCGCCUCCACUUUCAGUCCCAAACCCAUUGACAUGAGCAAUGUGACGUUGUCAUGGGACCAGUAUUCCAUGGCAGAGCAGCUGGCGGAGAGUUCUCAUAACAUGUGGGCCAAGAGGAAACAGCUGGAGCUGGAAUCCAAAGGAGGGGGGAGUCAUCCCCUGCUGGUGCCUUAUGACUCUGUGCCUGCUCGUGAGAAGACCAGAAUACGAGAGAGAGCUCAAGACAUCCUCAAGUUCUUCCACAUGAGUGGAUACAAUGUGUGGAGGGACAGAAAGCCUGUGGAUUGUGACUCUCCGGCCAUCGCCAGUCGCUUCGCCUAUGGCGUUCUUCAGCAGGCUCUGACCUACACCGACCAGGCCCAGGAACAGCUGCUGGAGCUGGAGGGGCUUCAGGCUAGAGGACAAGGAUCCAAAUCAGAACAGCCUCCUCCUGAAAAACAAACCUAUUUCUUUGUCAAGGUUGUUUUACCCUUGGUUGAUCAGUACUUUAAGUGCCAUCGCUGCUACUUCCUGUCCACCUCUACGGAUCUCCUUGGUAACAGAGGUCAUGCAUCCAACAAAGAGAAAGAGAUGGUAACCAGUCUUUUCUGCAAGCUUGGAGCUCUUGUAAGGCGUAGGAUAUGUCUCUUUGGAAACGAUUCUCCUUCUGUGACAAGCUGUCUGACCAUUUUGGCGUCGUGUUUGGAUGCUGGAAGCGCUAUAAGAAGCGCUGCGGAGUCUGUGCGUCUCUCUCUGUGCUCCUUCUUUGAGGAGGCGGCGACUGAUCUGGAGCUCACCGUGGAGACCCUGGCUCUGGGCCCAGUCCCCCCCACCCGAGGCCAGCUCAGGGGAGCGGGCGACACCGUGGUCUACACCUCCGAGGUGCUCAUCCCCGUCCUCACCGCUCUCUUCCAUCACGCUGCUCAGUGUCAGUAUGGCCAGGAGCUCAUAGUGGAUACAGUUCAAGCCUCCUGCUAUAGAAUCCUAAUCAGCAUGUAUUCACUCGGCACUUCCAAGAACAUCUACGCUGAGAGGCGGAGGCCGGAGGUGGGGACGUGUCUGGCUGCGCUGACGGCUGCUUUUCCUGUCACGUUCCUGGAGCCUCCUGUGGAUGAGCACAACCCUUACUCUGUCUACGCCAUGAGUAAUGCAGAAGAAGGGGUUGUGGCUGUGCCCUCUCAUGCUGAAGAGGCGAGCCAGCUCCUGCCCUCCCUGUACCAGGCCCUGGGUGAGGUGGAAGAGCUGGUGCUGGCAGGGUCGGCCGCCCGACAUGCUCUGCUGUCCCGGGUCACCGAGGUCACGCUCCCCCUGCUCUGCAGUUACUUCUCCCGCUGGGGCGGCGCAGAGGGGCCCAGGGAGAGCGUCUCCUCUCUCGGCCCCGAGCACACCAACACGCUGCUGGGCCACAUCCUCUCCAUCAUUCACAAUCACCUGGGGAUAGCCGACGGAGCCUGGAUGAAGCGCCUGGCAGUUGUGUCUCAGCCAAUCAUUGGCCAGGCAGAACCACAGCUCCUAAAGAGUCACUUCCUGCCCGUGAUGGAGAAGCUGAAGAAACGGGCGGAGUCAGUUCUCCUGGAGGAGGAGCAUUUGAAGACAGAGGGGAGGGGUGAUACAUCAGAGGCGGAGUUACACAUCCAAGAGAAGUUUACAGUGUUGGUCCGUGACCUGUAUGCUUUUUACCCACUACUCAUUCCCUAUGUGGACUUACACAGAGUAAGUUGGUUGAGAGAGCUAACUCCCGAGGCUGAGGAGCUCUUCAGUAUGGUAGCAGACAUCUUCAUCUUCUGGGCUAAGUCUCAUAAUUUCAAAUGGGAGGAGCAGAAUUUUGUGGUCCAGAAUGAAAUUAACAACACAGAGUUCCUGGUCAACAUCAGCAGGAACACUAAGCCUACUUCAAAGAGAGGGGGAGCGCUGGAUAAAGAAAGGAGGAAGUUGAGGAGAAAGGGGGACCGCUACUCCACUCACACCUCUCUCAUCGUGGCCGCUCUGAAGAAACUGCUUCCUAUUGGCCUGAGCGUCUGCUCUGCUGCUGACCAGGAGGUUAUAGCCAAGGCUAAGACCCACCUAUCUCAGAAGGAUACGGAGGAGGAGGUCAGAGAGAUCAUCCGCAAAGGCCUUCAGAAGCACUAUAUGGAUUUAUUCAGAGGGGCUUGGAAAAUUGAGGAUCUGGAUAUAGAGCGGCUUUUUGGCAUUGCUCGUGUCUUAUUUCACCUGGACCAGGUUGAGAGGCCACAUAGGACAAAGAAGGCUGUAUGGAACAAACUGCUGUCCAAGCAGCGGAAGAGAGCAGUGGUGGCUUGCUUCAGAAUGGCACCUCUAUACAAUUUACCCAGGCACAGAGCAGUCAAUCUGUUCCUUCUGGGUUAUGGAAAAGGAUGGAUUGAAACAGAGGGCCAUUCUUUUGAAGAUAAGCUAAUAGAGGAUUUGACUAAAGUGGGUGAUCAAGAACUGGAGGAUCCUGAAGGAGAAGUUAAUAAUGAGCUGGAAGGGGGGGCACUUUGCUCUGACCCUCUCCAUCAACUGAUCACACUCUUCAGCCAAAGUGCUUUGACAGAAAGGAGGCAUGUCAGCAGACUACAGGAAGACAGAUUGUAUAUGUCCUUUGCAGAGAUCAUGUCUAAGAGUUGCCAUGGUGAAGAGGAGGAUGAAGAUGAGGUCAAGUCAUUUGAGGAGAAGGAGACGGAGAAGCAGAAACUUCUGUACGAGCAGGCCAGACUACACGAGCACGGAGCAGCCAACAUGGUGCUCCAGACCAUCAGCGCUAGCAGAGGUAAGAAGGGCCCCAUGGUGGAGGCUACACUCAAGCUUGGAAUAGCUAUCCUUAACGGAGGAAAUACAAGUGUGCAACAGAAAAUGUUGGAUUACCUGCAACAGAAGCGAGACGUGGGAUUCUUUCAGAGCCUGGCGGGCCUCAUGCAGUCGUGCAGCGUACUGGAUCUCAAUGCCUUUGAGCGGCAGAACAAAGCAGAGGGAUUGGGCCUGGUGACGGAGGCCAGCUCAGGUGACAAGGUAAUGGCAGACGAGGAACUGACCUGUGACCUGUUCCGCUUCCUACAGCUCUUGUGUGAGGGACACAACUCAGAUUUUCAGAACUAUCUCAGGACUCAAACGGGCAACAACACAACAGUGAACAUCAUCAUAUCUACAGUAGACUACCUCCUCAGGGUACAGGAGUCCAUUAGUGAUUUCUACUGGUACUACUCUGGGAAAGACAAGAUGGAUGAACAUGGACAACGGCACUUCUCAAAGGCUGUUAGUGUUGCCAAGCAAGUCUUCAACACACUCACAGAAUACAUUCAGGGUCCUUGUACAGGGAACCAGCAGAGUUUGGCUCACAGUCGAUUAUGGGAUGCAGUCGUUGGAUUCCUGCAUGUGUUUGCCCAUAUGCAAAUGAAACUCUCUCAGGAUUCUUGUCAGAUUGAUUUGCUGAAAGAGUUGAUGGAUUUACAGAAAGACAUGGUUGUGAUGCUUCUCUCCAUGCUGGAAGGAAAUGUGGUGAACGGCACUAUCGGCAAACAGAUGGUGGACAUGCUGGUGGAGUCCUUCAGCAACGUGGAGCUGAUUCUGAGGUUCUUUGACAUGUUCCUGAAACUCAAAGACCUGACCUCAUCUGACGCUUUUAAAGAGUUUGACCCUGACCGAAGGGGCCUCAUCUCCAAGAAGGACAUUCAGAAGGCCAUGGAAGCCUGCCGGCUCUAUUCGCUCUCCGACACAGAGUUCCUGCUCUCCUGCAUGGAGACGGACGACGGGGAGCUGCUGGACUACCAGGCAUUUGUGAAGCGCUUCCACGAGCCAGCCAAAGACAUCGGCUUCAACAUCGCCGUGCUCCUCACCAACCUGUCCGAGCACAUGCCUGGAGAUGCCCGUCUGCAUAAGUUUCUGGAACUGGCGGAGAGCGUUCUCAGGUACUUCCAGCCCCACCUUGGUCGUAUAGAGAUUCUGGGCAGUGCUAAGCGCAUCGAGCGUGUUUACUUUGAGAUCAGCGAGUCGAGCCGGACACAGUGGGAGAAACCUCAGGUGAAGGAGUCCAAGCGCCAGUUCAUCUUUGAAGUCGUCAAUGAGGGGGGAGAGAAAGAGAAGAUGGAGCUUUUUGUGAACUUCUGCGAGGACACCAUCUUUGAAAUGCAGCUAGCUGCGCAGAUCUCUGGUGUUGAUGCUGGCGAAGGGACGACCGAAAAGGACGAGGACGAGGACGAGGAGGAGGAGGCUGAGAGGGGAAAACCCAGAGAAACGAGUAUCUUUUCCCUCUCUGCAGUGAUGUAUGUUCUCCUGGCCCCUGUGUACUUCCUGAUGAUGCUGAUGUCACUGCUCUCCGUGAGGAGCCUCCGGAAGCAUCUAAGGAAGGUCACCUUGAAGGGUCUCAUAGGUGUCACUUUCUCAUUCUUCUUAAACCUUCUCACGGGCUUGGCCCAAGUGGUCUUCUGUGUGGUCUCCUCCAUACUCUAUAUACUCUACCUGAUCUUCAUCAACGCGGGCAUUAUUGAGAUGGUGAAGGACAUGACCCUCACUGACCUGUUAAUUGACGUCCCUGACCCCAGCCUGGAUGAGGCCUCUGCGGUGCACGUCGGGUUGGGGGAUGGAGUCGGAAAACACUCGGACACCGACUCCUCCCAGGAGGACCUGAGUGGAGUGGAUCUGGACAUGGACCUCUCAGCUGUGUCCAAAGACCCGCUGGUCGCCACAGACGUCUUCGGGCUGCGCAUAAGGAAGGAGGGCACCAAGUUCAGACUCAUAUCUCAUGACAACAGCACCAGCCUAGAUCAACUUCUCUCGGGCUCCGCUGAGCUCACUGACGCCGCUGACCUUAGGGGGAAACAAAAGGUGUCUGCACUCAAGACACCGUACUGUGAAGAAAAGAAAGAGACAGUGACUGAAAAAGCAGACGGAGAGGAUGAUGAAAAGAAGGAGGAGAGGAAGGAGUGCAAGCAGAGGUGGAGAGCCAGGCAGCGGCGUUGCUCAAAGCAGGAGGAUGAACAUGUCCAGGAGUCAGCUUUUUGGAAAACCUUGAGCUCCUAUCAGAGAAGAAUGCUUAACUGCUUCGCCAGGAACUUCUACAACAUGCGAUUUCUCGCCCUGUUUGUUGCUUUUGCUAUCAAUUUCAUCCUUCUGUUUUAUAAGGUCUCCUCAUCAUCUGUGGCUGUAGAUGAAGAGGACCCAGAGGGGUCUGCGUGGUCUGACAGCCCAGAUGAUGUGAGCGUGGAGGGGCCGAUGCCGACCGUGGACACCCCGUCUUCAGACACGGCCCCUUUUAUCCUGGAGGAGAGCAGCGGCUACAUGGAGCCCUCUCUGCGUCUCCUGGCCAUCAUUCACACCCUCAUAUCCUUCUGCUGUAUCAUCGGCUACUACUGUCUGAAGGUUCCCUUGGUGAUUUUUAAGCGGGAGAAAGAAGUAGCGCGCAAGCUUGAGUUUGAUGGCCUCUAUGUGACGGAGCAGCCCUCUGAAGAUGACAUCAGAGGACAGUGGGACAGACUCGUCAUUAAUACUCCGUCUUUUCCGAGUAACUACUGGGAUAAGUUUGUGAAGAGGAAGGUGAUGGAUAAAUAUGGGGAUUUUUACGGCUUGGCGCGGAUCAGCGACCUGCUGGGUCUGGAUCGAGCCGCUCUGGACUUCAGUGCCCUGGGCAUGGAGAGGAGGAGACCCAGGUUGAGCUCCAUUGACAUGAAGUACCAGAUAUGGAAACUUGGUGUGGUGUUCACUGAUAAUUCUUUCCUGUACCUGGCUUGGUAUAUGUCUGUGUCUGUCCUUGGCCACUAUAACAACUUCUUCUUUGCUGCUCAUCUGCUGGACAUCGCUAUGGCCUUUAAAACACUGAGGACCAUUCUCACCUCCGUCACACACAAUGGCAAACAGCUGGUGUUGACCCUGGGGCUGCUGGCUGUCAUAGUCUAUCUCUACACAGUCGUUGCCUUUAACUUCUUCCGGAAGUUCUACAACCAAAGUGAAGACGGUGAAGGUGUGGACAUGAAAUGUGACGAUAUGAUGACAUGUUACAUGUUCCACAUGUACGUGGGGGUGAGAGCUGGGGGGGGCAUCGGGGAUGAGAUUGAGGAUCCCGCCGGAGACGAGUCGGAGUUCUACCGCAUCAUCUUCGACAUCACCUUCUUCUUUUUCGUUAUAGUUAUCCUGCUAGCAAUCAUACAAGGUCUCAUCAUUGAUGCAUUUGGAGAGCUGAGAGAUCAGCAGGAGCAGGUCAAGGAGGACAUGGAGACCAAGUGCUUCAUCUGUGGCAUCGGUAAUGAGUACUUUGACACCAUGCCCCAUGGAUUUGAAGUGCACACGCUGCAGGAACACAACCUGGCCAACUAUCUAUUCUUUGUGAUGUACCUCAUCAACAAGGAUGAAACCGAGCACACUGGCCAGGAAUCGUAUGUAUGGAAGAUGUACCAGGAGCGCUGCUGGGAAUUCUUCCCAGUGGGAGAUUGUUUCCGUAAACAAUAUGAGGAUCAGCUUAGCUAAGAGUCUGGUUUGCUCCCUAAGGCAGUGCAAUAUGGCUUGGUGACUGCGGUACAUAUUUUUGGCAUUGUUGCACUGAAUCUCCCAACCAAAGAUCUGUUACAAAUUUAGAAUCAGGCCAUAUGCACAUCACGCAUAAUCUCAUUUAUGUGAUAAUUAGUGCCUGUUAAUUAUGUAUUGCUAGUCACUAUAAAACGUCUUAGUUGCUGUGUGUGGUUUCAGACUCAGUAUUUCAUUAAAAUAACACUGCACUAACA